GUUAUCUCAAGAGGUUAAAAUCUCUAAUCUCUUAUAGAUAACACAAUAACUCCUUUACUAUACUAGAUUCAAAUUUUCUUCAAUUCAUACUAAAAAUGAAUCUCCACCCUAUUUUCUUGUUCACAUUAGGAUUAAUUGUAAUCCCCGAGAUCAGCUCUACAAGACAUAUCUCACCUGGAAGACUUCAAGGAGAAAAUGAAGGUACUUCCAUUUCUUUGGGUAUAUAUGACGGGAAGGAAACAACAAUACAACAACACCCGUACUUGGUAUCGGUCAUUAUUCAGGACUACUUCUGGUGUGCCGCCACCAUAGUUAGCCGGAGUUGGGUCGUCAGUACUGCAGACAACGUUUUUUACCAAGAUCCCAAAGACAUGCAAAUCAACGCUGGUAGUGAUGAUGGAUUUACCGGCACCUUCUACACUGUAGCUCAAGUUGUUGUACACCCGAAGUACAACCACAACUACGACUACGACUACGCUUGUGUCCAGAUUUCCGAGAAAUUCCAGUGGUCCAAUGCGGUAAAACCCAUCAAGUUGCCCAAGAGAAGACCUCGUCUUAAUACUAAGAUGGUCGUAGCUGGUUGGGGAAACACAGGCGAGGAUGAAGAGGACAAACCUAACUCUACUCUUCGUCAAGGUACCAUGAGAUGGAUAUCGCAGAAGUCUUGCAAAGCUGCGUACUCUAGCUCUAGUCUAUCAUGGACCGACAGAAUGGCAUGUGCCUACAAUAAAGGAAAAACCACCCUCUGUGACGGUGACUGGGGGGACGCUUUCGUCAACAAGGGUGUAUUCUACGGUCAGUUCAUCUACGUGGACAGCAAGGGAUCCUGUUCAUCUUCCGCCCUACCAGUCGUGCUGGCUGACAUCAUCCCUGUUGCUAGCUGGGUCAGGCAACUAACUGGAGCUGCCUUCGAGUCCGACUAACGAGUAGUAGAGAAAUUUAGUUGUUCGUGAAUAAGAUGCUACAGUUGGUUAAUCAAAUUAUGAAAAUAAAUAAUGAGCUUUUGAUUUUGUAACUUCA